AUGCCCCGUCCUGGGAAGAACUCUUACAGCGACCAAAAGCCCCCGUACUCCUACAUAUCACUGACAGCGAUGGCUAUCCAGAACUCAGCCGACAAGAUGCUCCCUCUGAGUGACAUUUAUAAGUUCAUCAUGGACAGAUUUCCGUAUUAUCGAGAGAAUACCCAGAGGUGGCAGAAUUCUCUACGACACAACCUCUCCUUCAACGACUGCUUCAUCAAGAUCCCUCGGAGGCCUGAUCAGCCAGGGAAAGGCAGCUUCUGGGCUCUGCACCCGGACUGCGGUGACAUGUUUGAGAAUGGCAGCUUCCUGAGGAGACGGAAGCGCUUCAAGGUGCUGCGAGCAGAGCAUAUGGCCUGUAAGAGCUCCCCGAUGAUGCAUUACUUUCACCAUCACCACCACCACCCGGGCAACAAACUGGGCGCAGCAUCCGGCCACCACGACAACUCAGCCGGCCCGGCAAGCACCGUGGGUCGUCUGCCUCACUUUCAGGGCUACGGGGGCAUUACUUGCGCACAGCCCGGCGGGUUUAAACACCCUUUCGCCAUCGAGAACAUUAUAGGACGGGACUACAAGGGUGUGAUGGCCAGCGGGCUCCCCCUCACCUCUGUCAUGCACCACCUGGGUUACCCGGUGCCCCCACAGCUCAGCAGCGUGGUCAACUCCAUGUGGCCUCACGUCGGGAUGCUAUCGGAGUCCAUGGGUGGCGUGCCCAUGCCGGCAUCAUCCGAGUACGCGCCCUUCAGCGUGUCAGCAAAGGGCUUGUACCACAAUGCCAACGGGCAAACCCUGCCCGCUGUUCCCGUGCCAAUAAAACCCACCCCGUCCCUGGGUCCCGUGCCCGGCUUGACGGGGUUGCAGACCGGCCCGGCGCAGCUCUGCUCACCGGCUUCAGUAAUGGAGAAAAGCGAUCUGCUUGAGGGGAAAGGCAACCCUUUACACCCGGCUCUCCUCCUGUCCUAA